AUGAAUCCGGUCGCUGUUCAUCGUAUCUCCUUCGAAUGCGUUUCGCGUUUAUCUUUGAUCCAUCGAGAUUCAAUCGAAGGAUUCCCCGGUCGUCGGAUUGUGAAUUGGCGUGGAAGGAAUCGGCCGACUCGGCGGCUGCAUGCGGUGACGGCAAGUUUGAUCACCAGCGCUGAUUCGUUCGAGGUAGGGAGGCUAAUCGGAAGCUACGGAUUCAUGAAUGUAACAAGUUAUACAGGGUUGCAGUCAGGACCUGAAGUUGAAUAUACAUCCGAUGAUAUUGGGCGAUUAAAAGCUCAAGACAUCGGAGAAGGCGGUGUUAAAAUCAGCCACGGCAGUUUGUCUGCAGACUAUAUGAAGGAAGAAUAUCUCAGGGUCCAUUUCGAGGAACACCUAUUACCUUUAAGGGCAUGUUAUGUUUUGAUGUUCUGUCUUACAGUCGUCGGAUUUGUUCUCUCUCUCUCUGUAAAGGUCUAUCCUGGACAGCGUGCUGGUGGAAUUGAGGCUGACAUGAUGGCAGCAAACGAGUUGAAUGCACAUUCUUUUCUCCAGAGUAGUAAAAACCUGCCAGAUAACCUGCUUAUACUUGUUGGUGGCUUCGAGACACAAUUUGGGGAACAGUGGCUGGCUUUUCGUGAUGGUGGGAAAGAUAGCGCUGCUGACUACGCACGAAUUGCGAGUGAAAAAACAUCAAGAGCUCGCUCUCAAGGAGUAUGGAACCCUUUUGAAAAAGAGCAGACGAUGAAACGAAGGAGAAACUUUGUCAUCAAGAUCCUACAGGGUGCAAUGAAAGGUCUAGCCUUUAUGCAUGCUAAUGACAGGUUACACCAGAGCUUCGGGCCAUCCUCUAUUGUUCUCAAUACAUCAGCGGAGAGAGAAGCCAUAUAUCUAAUACCGAGGCUGCGAGAUCUAGCGUUUUCUGUUGAUAUAAGACUGAGUUUACCUUACAGACCAUCAUGCUUGGAAGAAGGAGCGACGUCUGGUGCACUAUCAGAGCAGCUUUGGCGAAGGGCAACUGCUUCUAGCGCCUUCACAGUUUUUGAAAAGAGAGCUUUUGGGAUUGCAGAUGACAUAUAUGAAGCCGGUCUUCUUUUUGCCUACUUAGCCUUUGUUCCUUUCUGUGAAGCAGGCAGACUACUGGAAAACACAUUCCGGCUGGAUAUUGAGGCAGUAAGAGAGUACUGUUUAGCCGAUGAACGCUUGGAAGAAGCUGUUAAGUUUCUGGAUUUUGGUGAUAGAGCUGGUUGGGAAUUGCUCCAGGCAAUGUUGUACGCUGACCAUAGGAAACGUCCAGUGGCGGAAACUGUUCUCAGUCAUCGAUUUUUGAACGGCGUUGUUAAUUGA